AAACUAAAUAAAAUUGUGAAUUGAGUAUGUUGCAUCAAAGAACUUUGUUUUUUAUAUUUUUAUAAAAAUUUUAAUGAUUUUAAUCGAACCGUAGCCAAAUGAGUGAAGAACACGUAAAAAUAAAUUUCCCGUUUAUGUGCAAAUAUUUCGAAGAAAUCAAUAAAAAUUUAAUUGAAAACUGUGCUCAGACUACAUCUUACCUACUUACCUACUUUUAGGCCAUAAUACUUAAAUUAAACUAAAAAUUUGUCGCUGAUUCGGUAGAAAAUAUCAAAAUUUAAGUGAGAAUGUUUACAAGUGAUUGAAUGUGAUAACAAUUAUUUAACUAGAAAUUUAACAUUGCCAACAAAUCGAAAGAGAUUUUUUUUGGGGAGUGUUCCUAUUCAUUGCAUUCACUUUGUUCUUUUAGUCUAGCCGUCCUGCACAUUCUAGACCUUUCGAAAUGUUCAACUUCAUCAAGAAAGGAGUGGUGGACAAGGAGCGUGACAAAAAUGACAGAAAAGAGAAACGGAAGAAGGAUAAGAAAACCAAAGAAGGUGGUACUAGUAUACCGGGCAGCAUGAGCUCGGAAGAAUUGCUCAGACUUGAUGAGGUUCGACGAUCGUUGAAAAUACGGGGUCGACGAAAAGAGAAGGAAAAACUUCCGAGCGGCAUCACUGCUGAUUACAGUGCCGAAUUUUUCGCUCACCUUCCGAAAGACGAUGACAGUGACCGGGUAGCUUCGAAACAGCGUCGUAAAAUCAAUAUCGACAAUAAUGUUGAUUCAGAACAUUUGUCGGCUCAUAGCUUCUCUUAUUCAGACAGCUCUGAAACUUCGCUGAAUUCGUCGGGUAACAAGAACGAUCCAAUGAGACCCCCAAGAGGUAUUCUAAAAGGGCAACGUCAUUCCAAUGCAAAUGGUAAUGAUGAUUCGUCAAGAACUCCGGAUUCACCGGACCUGGUUGUGAGGAACACUUUACGAAAUCAAUUGAUUACGUACGAAAAUGUCUCCAACAUCGCUUGCGAGUACAUUCACGAAGAAGUCAGCACCGAUACCGUUAUUUUGAACAUCAAAAAUACGUUAACUUCACCAUCUCCCAGUGCGGAUAGCUUAACAGAAACAAGUUCAUCAUUCGCAACACCACCAUUCUCGUUAAGUCCAGUCGGUGAGUCGCAAGGAUGCCAACGCUGGUCACGAGUUCAAGACUUCGAAAAUGAUGGCCUGAGUCUGCCGCUGCCACAGAUAAAUCUUUUGAAACUUCCACUUCCACGCGAGCUUGUCAUCAAUCGUCAGAACACACCAAAAAAAGACUUUGGAUUCAGUCUUCGUAAUGCAAUUCGAAUGGAUCGUUCCGACCUACUGUUUUUGCCCGACUUGAAGCCAACAAUAUUCGCAGAACCAGGCAAUGGUGGAGAGAAUACGGGACUGUUACCGGGAGAUCGACUGAUUGCUGUGAAUGGGAAAUCGGUGGAAGAUUUGUCACGGAACACAAUCAUCGAAAUGAUUCGGAAUUGUGAUGACUCGGUGCGUGUUAAGGUUCAGCCCGUUGCUGAAUUGGUCGAAUUGUCGAAGCGUUCGAUGUCGAAUGGAGCAGUUGAAAAUGGAAAUGGCCACCAUCGUGAGAUGGAAAAAGAUUCUGCACCGUCCAACAACAACGACGUUUGGCUGGUACAUAAAGGUGGAUUCACGGCGGCGGUGAAAUUGUCACAGAACAUUGGCGACAAGAACACCAUUACGUUGAAGCACAGCGGAGACACCAUUACAGUGGAUGAAGAUGACUUGGAGAAAGCGAAUCCUUCCGAUCAGGAUCUGGUCGAAGAUUUGUGCAGUUUGAAGCAUUUAAAUGAGGCGUCCGUUUUGCACUGCAUUCGGCAACGUUUCGGCAACAAUUUAAUUCACACCAAAGCGGGAAACGUUUUAAUUGUCGUGAAUCCGAUGCAACCGCUGUCGUUAUACUCGGAAAAGGUUGCAUCGAUGUUCCGCGGAUGCAAAACCGAAGACACACCACCACACAUUUAUUCCAUGUCGCAAGCAGCGUAUCGGUCUAUGAUUGCAACGAAACGGGAUCAGAGUAUCGUUUUCUCUGGACGAUCUGGUUCGGGAAAGACAGCAUCAUUUAAGCACUCACUGUACUAUCUAUCACUUGCGUCCGGCUCAACAAAUCAAUUGCUUACUGUGGAACGGAUCAACGCAAUCAAUAAGAUUUUGGAAAGUUUCGGCAACACAAGAACAUUGUUGAACUCGAACGCGUCGCGUUUCACUCAGAUCAUGAGCUUGGAUUUCGAUUACAGUGGCGUCGUAGCUUCUGCUUCGAUACAAGUGUUGUUGCUGGAGAAAUCCCGUGCCGGUCGUUUACAUAACAACGAAAAUUCAUUCCACGUUUUGUCGCAUCUGGUAGCUGGUGCUGAUCCUAUGCUGCUCAAAGAAUUGAAUUUGGACAACAUAUCCAAAGACGAGACCGGUCCAAAUGCGUUCGCUACAUUCUACAAAACCAACGAAGAGCUGCAGAAGGCAACCAGCGAAUUCGCCAAAUUGGUUCAAUCAUUCGUUGUGCUGAACGUUAGCGAUAAGCAUGUGAAAGCGAUUUGGUAUGUGCUUGGUGCAAUUGUUCAUCUCGGCUUUGCUGGUGUCACGACGGUAGAAAGUGGCGGUGAGACCCGAUUGCAGUUUGUCAAUCCGACGUCGGCAAGACUGGCUGCAAAUUUACUAGGUAUCACAAUGGAAGAUCUUACGUCGUCCAUUCUAUUCAAACGGGAUAAGGAAACCAUACCCAAACAAGGUCUACUCGAUCAUGCCUUGGAAUAUCUUGACUCGCUGGUCAUUGGCUUGUACUCCGAAGUGUUUGCCAGGGUUGUUUCAUUGAUCAACAAAGCCAUUCAACGGAACGUUCGCACAGUAUCAUCGAUCCUGUUAGUCGAUACGCCCGGCUUUCAAAAUCCAUCCAGUUGCGGUUCUCAAGAUGGUGCCAAAUUAUUCGACCUGCAGCAUAACUAUUUGCAGGAACGACUGCAAUUGUUGUUCCAUGAGAAGCAGCUUGUCGCACCGCGUACGCUGUACUCACAGGAAUUGGUGGAAAUUGACAAGGAAGUGUUUACCGAAUCCGAUCCGGGUCCACUAAUCAGUCUGCUGGAUAAAGUGCCACAAAAUAAUGUUGUACGAUCGACGAGUCAGCGAGACAAUACGCGUCGAAGUCUGUUUACCAUUUUGGACGAAGAAUCAACGAAUUCAUCGUCGUCUGAUGAGAUUUUCUACGAUCGAAUUUGCACUAACUUCAGUGAUCGUGAAUAUCAUUUCCUACUUCGUCCGAUCGGUCAUUCACAGUUUAUGCUUCAACAUAUGCAAGGUACAAAUCCGGUUUUGUACACAGUCAACGGAUGGCUGAAACAGAAUAAGAACAAUUUCCACUCGAAUUUGGCUGCAAAUUUACUACAAGACAGUCACAAGUCGGAGAUCAAUGAAUUGUUUGCUGUAAGCUCAAGUGGUACAGGUGAUGGCCGUAGUUUCGGUGGUUCGAUUGGAGGUGUUGAACGAAGUCAGAGUCUGAGACGGAUAUCUAGUCUUCGUCGAUCUUUUACCACACUCGGCGGGAAGAGGAACUCACCGAUGAUGAAGAUUAAGCUUACCGUUGACGGAAUAAUCGACACUAUAUCUCGCACGGGAACACAUUUUGUCCAUUGUUUCCUCGUUCAACACAACGCUGCAACAUUUUCGAAGACCCCAAAUUCCACGCUGACGUAUACAAUCGAAGACAUCGUCAACGUCCCAUUACUCAGAAGUCAGUUGCGCGGAUUCAACAUACUCGAGGCGACACAACUUCAUAAGCUCGGUUUUCCCGAAUCCAUUCCCCAUUCUGAAUUCAGCCGAAGAUUCAGUUUGCUCAUCGACGGCGCGACCAAGGCGACCAGCAUCGAAGCCAUUCUAUCAACUGUUGAUAUUGACAAGUCACAGUAUCGCAUCGGUCCCAGUCAGGUUCUACUUCGUUCCGGUGUAUUGAGUCGAUUGGAAGCGAAAAGGGAGGAGCUGUUGCGUGAUCGUAUCAUCCAUCUGCAAGCAUACUGUCGCGGAUACUUGGCCCGACAGAGAGUUUCGAGAAAACGAGUACAGGACUUGGCUAUUCGGUGCAUUCAACGCAAUUUUCGGGUAUUUUUGAAAGUAAAGGAUUGGCCAUGGUGGCGUCUAUUGGUCCGUAUAACGCCGCUGUUGGACGUGAAUCGAACCGAUGAACAACUGAAAGUGGCAUUGAAUGACGUACAGAGUUUGAAACAGAAAUUGGAGAAAUCGGAUGCGGAAAGAAAUUUCCUGAAAGCCGAGAAUGAAAAGCUGGAAUGUAAGCUCUCCGAGAUGACAGUGGACCUGUCGGAAGAACGUUCGAAUGCCAAUAUAGCAAAUGAAAGGCUGGAUGUCGAAAUGAGUGAACGAAUUAAGCUCACACGAGAGCUUGAAGAACAGCAGGAAAAGAACCGAGAAAUGCAAAAUUUCACCGAAAAACUGGAACUGGAUUUGAUAGCUGCCAAUUCUAAUCCAAACGAUCUCUUCGAAGACGAAGAUCUCGGCAAGGAAGAGAAUCUGACCGUUUUCAAAAUGAAAUACGAUCGAGCGGUCAAAGAAUUGGAAUUCACGAAGCGAAGAAUGCAAACGCAACACGAAUACGAUUUGGACCAGCUGGUUGGACUGAAAAAGCAAUUGGAAAAGAAAUUAGCCGAUGCGUACGAAGAGGUCGAAGAGCAGCGACAGGUUGUGGGUCAGUGGAAACGAAAAUCACAGAAAUUUUCUGUGGAAAUGAACGAUCUUCGAUUGCUGUUGGAAGAGCAAAACAGCAGAAAUACAUUGUUGGAGAAGCGACAACGGAAAUUCGAUGCUGAGUGCCAGACACUGCAGGAUUCGGCCCGUCAAGAGAGACAGGCGAAGGAUCGUUUGGGACAGGAAAAAGAUUCCUUAAUUGCUGAGAAAUUCACGUUGGAACAAACGUUGGCGGAUGUCCGGCAAGAGUUGGAUUUAACGCAAGAGAAAUUGACCAAUCUGCAGCGUGAUAUGGAAGAACUAAGCUACUCGGAACAAACUGAGGAGGAAAUUGGCCAACUAAAACGAUCGAAAAUUGAGUCUGAACGAAAAUGCAAAGAACAGGAAGACGAAUUGGAUGAAAUGGCUGGCCAAAUUCAGUUAUUGGAGCAAGCCAAAUUACGACUGGAGAUGACACUCGAAACGAUGCGCAAGGAAGCUCGUCACGAAGCACAACAACGCGACGACGAAUUAGAGGAAGUGCGUGGCAGUUUCUUCAAAAAAAUCAAAGGUCUGGAAUGUCAACUGGAAAAUGAGCACGAGGAACGAACGCUUCUGUUGCGUGAAAAGCACGAACUUGAGCGCCGUUUGCAGACGUUGGAACAACAGGAUCACUCUGACCGAAUGGCCGAAGAAGCGGCUAAUUUGAAAUUGAAACGUGAUCUGAGGAAAUACAAGGCGCUGUUCAAGGAUGCACAAAUCCAAAUCGAUAGAAUGAAAGGUGACGCACCGUCCAAGAAUUUGAUUAGGCAGCUGAGAAAUCAACUGGAGGACGCAGAAACGGCAAGAACAUUGGCUAUUAAGUCAAAGCAGUUGGCUGAGUCAGAGUUGUCGGAUGUGCAAUCGAUGUUGGAGGAUGUAACGCGUGCACGACAUGACGCCGAUGAAAAAGCUGCUCAUGCUGGUCGAGAAGUUGGCGAACUGCGAACACAGUUAGAAGAAAACGAAGAAGAACUGUCCGAGUUGAUUAAGAAAUACAGCAGCACAGUGAAGCAACUGAACUCGGAGCAAUUGAAGCACACAGAAUAUGAAACGACUAUAUCCGAACUGGAAGCAGAAAAGGUUUCGUUGAAGGAACAUAUAGCUGAACUGAAUGAUAGACUGGAAAAUGUUGAAGUACUUAACGACUCGUCGACAAACAUUCAAACGAAACGAUUGGUGCUUCGAACCAAGGAGCUUGAAUCUAAGCUGGAAUUAGAACAUGCGACCCGAUCCAGGCUGGAAGUGCAAUGUAAUCGACAUAAGGAAUCAUUGGAAAAGACACAAACGGAACUGUCUCAUAUUCGAUCCAAAGAAACGUUACUGCAAGAUGAACUAAAGAAAAUCAAAAAGACACUCAGGGAAACAAAAGAUGAACUGCAUGCGUUGACAAAUCGUGACCAGGAUCACAUAAACAAACGACAGGAAGCGUCCAAGAAACUUGAAACUACCGAGUCUGAAUUGACUAGUGUACGAAAUGAUUUGCGAUUGGCGUUGCAACGAAUCGCUGAUUUGCAGCAGGCAAUGGAGGAUGGAGAUUACGAUGAUGAUUCAUCGGAAAGUGAUCUCAACGAUCUAUCGGAUGGUUCGAUCAGUCCCGUUGAAUCGACAUACCUGCAGAAUAAACGAAUCGGAUCCAUAGACUUAGCGUCAAGUACAAAUUCCAACGAAACAAAGGCAACUAAAUAAAAUUUUGGGGAGGUGAUGAACGAAGCGGAUGAACGGAAUAAUUAUGGGAAUAAGUUAACUUAUUGUAGCAAUAUCAACACACACUUAUACAAACCCUUCUCUAUAAUAUAUAUUUUAUGGCCAUCAACUUUAUUUAUAAUCUUUAUAUAUCAUCCGGUCAUUUUAAUCGCGAUUUUUUCUAUUAUAAAAAAGGUGUCUGUACUCUCCCCCCCCUAUAAAAUUGUAAACUUUUAAUUAGAUUUUUUUAGGCGUAAAUGAAUUUUUGUUUUUAGCUUUCAAUUUUUUAUUGUUGUCGAAAGAAAAGAAAAAUGUUAAAAAAAAAAGAAAUUAUUUCCAAGCUGAAAACCAAGACAAUGUAAACUAAUUUAUAAUAAAAAAAAAUGGAAAACAAAACCCAUCUUAAAUAAAAUAAAUAAAGAAACAUUUAUCGAA